UUUGCAUUAUGGGAAAGCAUAUACAUAUACGAGCAAACAUGCAUGGAGUAGCACUCAACAAAAUCACAUAAUUUAACGGGUCAAAAUCCAAAUAAAUUUAGAAAUCAGCAUCCUCAACAAACUUUCUCUCUCCUCAACUCAAAUCACCACAAUUCACCUCUGUUUUCCUCCGGACUUUGAUCGCAUUUUCAGGUGACAGAAUUCGAGCUUUCCACUGUCUGCGUUCGAGUAAUGUCGUAUCAAACCAAUUGCCAACAUUUUCUUCUUCAUUUUUGAUGAGACGAAAAUUAAUAGGAAUGAAGGUCUGAUUAUGUUUUUUGUAUUGUUUAUACCAAAUUGAGGCGAAAUGGGGUCUUUUCCACACCAGGCUGGAGUUAUCAAUUAUGUGGUGGGAUCUCUUGUUUGGGUGGAGGAUCACGAGGAAGCUUGGCUAGAUGGAGAAGUAGUGGAAGUGAAUGGACACGAACUUAAAGUAAAUUGUACAACAGGAAACAUUGUUGUUGCUAAUGCAUCCAGGGUUCAUCCAAAGGAUCCCGAAGCACCUCCUUCUGGUGUAGAUGAUAUGACCAAACUGGCCUAUCUACAUGAGCCAGGGGUUCUUGAUAAUCUGAAACGUCGUUAUGAUAUCAACGAAAUUUAUACAUACACAGGAAAUAUCUUGAUAGCUGUGAACCCUUUUCAAAGGCUACCUCACUUGUAUGAUGGUGGUAUGAAAGAGAAGUACAAGGGGACAGCUUUAGGUGACCUAAGCCCGCAUCCCUUUGCAAUUGCAGAUUCUGCAUACAGAUUGAUGGUACAGGAAGGAAUAAGUCAGUCAAUUUUAGUUAGCGGGGAGAGCGGAGCUGGAAAAACAGAAAGCACUAAAAGUCUUAUGCAAUUUCUAGCAUUUAUGGGAGGAAAAGCUGAUUCUGAGGGACGUAGUGUGGAGCAACAAGUACUAGAGUCCAAUCCAGUUCUGGAAGCAUUUGGUAAUGCUAAGACUGUGAGAAACAACAACUCAAGUCGAUUUGGCAAGUUUGUGGAGAUACAAUUUGACCAAAGGGGGAGGAUAUCAGGUGCUGCCAUCAGAACUUAUCUACUAGAAAGGUCCCGCGUCUGUCAGGUGUCUGAUCCUGAAAGAAAUUAUCACUGCUUCUACAUGCUUUGUGCUGCUCCAAAAGAGGAUGUUGAGAAGUUUAAAGUGGACCGCCCAAGAAUUUUCCAUUAUCUCAAUCAAUCAAACUGCUACGAGGUUGAUGUCAUAGAUGAUGCCAAAGAGUACUUAACAACUAGAAGAGCCAUGGAUGUCGUUGGAAUUGAGUCUCAUGAGCAGGAUGCGAUAUUCAGAGUUGUGGCUGCAAUUCUCCAUCUAGGUAAUAUUGAAUUUUCAAAAGGGAGUGAACCAGAUUCUUCUGAACCCAAAGAUGAAAAAUCUAGGUUUCAUUUGAAAACAGCCGCUGAGCUUUUCAUGUGUGAUGAGACAGCCCUCGAGGAUUCCCUUUGUAAACGAGUGAUUGUUACACGUGGUGAGUCAAUUACCAAGAAUCUGGAUCCCAUUGCUGCUACUAUCAAUCGAGACGCCUUAGCUAAAAUUGUUUAUUCAAGGUUAUUUGAUUGGCUUGUAAACAAGAUAAAUAGUUCGAUUGGUCAGGAUCCUGAUUCAAAAACUUUGAUUGGAGUUUUGGACAUUUACGGUUUCGAGACAUUCAAGACCAACAGCUUUGAGCAGUUCUGUAUUAAUCUAACAAAUGAGAAGCUACAACAACAUUUCAAUCAGCAUGUUUUUAAGAUGGAACAAGAAGAAUACACUAAAGAGGAAAUUGAUUGGAGCUACAUUGAGUUUGUCGACAACCAGGAUGUCCUUGACCUUAUUGAGAAGAAACCUGGGGGUAUCAUUGCUCUUCUGGACGAAGCCUGUAUGUUUCCCAGAGCAACACAUGAGACAUUUGCUGAAAAGCUGUACCAGACAUUCAACAAUCAUAAACGCUUCAGUAAACCAAAGUUGUCACGUACUGAUUUCACCAUUUCUCAUUAUGCUGGUGAGGUGACCUAUCAAACUGAGUUUUUCUUGGAUAAGAACAAAGAUUAUGUUGUACCAGAGCAUCAAGAACUUCUAAGUGCUUCCAAGUGUGCCUUUGUGGCAAGCUUGUUUCCAUCUUUGCCUGAGGAGUCUGCCAAAUCUUCAAAGUUUUCCUCUAUAGGUACCGGCUUUAAGCACCAAUUGCAAUCAUUGUUAGAGACACUUAGUGCAACAGAGCCACAUUAUAUUCGUUGCGUAAAGCCUAAUAAUCUUCUUAAGCCUGCAAUAUUUGAAAACAGUAAUGUUCUCCAGCAGCUUCGUUGUGGGGGGGUCAUGGAGGCUAUAAGGAUUAGCUGUGCUGGAUUCCCCACAAGAAAGCCUUUUGAAGAAUUUAUAGAUCGUUGUCGUAUCCUUGCUCCAGAGGUUUCAAACGGCAGUUGCGAUGAAGUCACUGCAUGUAGAAAAAUUUUAGAGAAAGUGCAGCUUGAUGGUUAUCAGAUCGGUAUCAGUAAAGUGUUUCUGAGAGCAGGCCAGAUGGCUGAAAUAGAUGCUCGCAGGAAUGAGGUUUUAGGACAAUCUGCUACCACAAUUCAGACACAAAUUCGGACUUAUUUCUUCCGCAGAUGGUUUAAGCAAAUGCGGCUGUGUGCCAUACAGAUUCAAACCUACUGCAGAGGACAAAUAGCUCUGGCUGUUUUCAAGCACAAAAAGAGAGAAGCAGCAUGUCUGAGAAUCCAAAAGGAGUUGCGCAGGCAUCUUGCCAGGAGUUCUUACUUAGAGUUAUGUUCAUCUGCUUUGGUGCUUGAGUGUGGUAUGCGUGGCAUGGAUGCUCGUAACAAGCUACGUUUUCGAAAGCAGACAAGGGCUUCAAUUGUAAUCCAGAGUCAUUGUAGAAGGUACAUAGCCGAGCACUGUUAUAUGAGGAUGAGGAUAGCAGCUGUUGUAACACAAUGUGCAUGGAGAGUCAAGAUGGCAAGAAGAGAAUUACGGAAGCUUAAAAUGGCUUCAAAGGAGGCAGGCGCUCUAAAGGAAGCUAAGGAUAAAUUGGAAAUGGAAGUUGAUGAACUAAAUUGCCGUCUACAGCUAGAGAAACGCAAGAGGGAUGAUUUUGAAGAAUUGAAGAAACAAGAAAAUGAAAAGCUGCACCAAGCUUUGCAAGAGAUGGAGAAGCAAUAUCAAGAAACUAAGACGUUGCUUAUGAAGGAACGUGAAGGGGUUGUGAAGAAAACAGCUGAGCAUGUCCCUAAUGUGCAAGAAGUACCUGGUUUUGACGAUGAACUGAUGAGUAAACUUACUGUUGAAAAUCAACAGCUCAAGGAAUAUGUAAGUUCACUGGAAAAGAAAAUUGACGAAAUUGAGAAAUAUGAGAAAACGAGUAAGCAAAAUCAAGUACCUGAUUCUGAUGAUGUUAUGAUUAAUAAACUUGCAGCAGAAAAUGAACAGCUCAAGGGAAUGGUGAGUGCGUUGGAAAGGAAAAUUGAUGAAACUGAGAAUUAUUAUGCGGAAAUGAGCAAGCUUUCUGACAAUGAACUGAUAAAUAGACUUACUGCUGAAAAUAAAGAGCUCAAGGGAAUGGUUAAGUCAUUGGAACAGAAAGUUGACGAAACACAGAAGAAAUAUGAGGAAACUAGCAAUCUAAGUGAAGUGCGAUUGAAGCAAGCACAAGAAGCAGAGUCUAAGAUAAUUGAACUUCAAACUGCAGUAAAAAGGCUGGAAGAGAAGAUAGCUUACCUGGAAAGUGAGCGCAAAAGCAAAAUUUCAGAUUAUCCGUCUUUCGGGAAUGGUCAUGUGAACGAGCCCAAUAAGGACUUGCCGAGUGGAACACCAAAGAAAUCUUUUGGUACCGAGUCUAUGAGGAAAUCACAAAUGGAGAGACAGCGUGAGCUUGCGGAUUCUCUUAUCAAAUGUGUGUCUGGAGAUGCUGGUUUUAGUCAGGGUAAACCAGUUGCUGCAUUUACCAUGUACAAGUGCCUGCUUCACUGGAAAUCAUUUGAAGCAGAUAGGACAAAUGUUUUUGACCGGCUUACCGAGUUGAUUAGUUCUGCAUUCCAGAAUUCAGAUAAUAAUAAUCAUCUGGCUUAUUGGUUGUCCAAUACAUCUACACUGUUGUUCUUGCUGCAAAGAAGUUACAAGGCAAACAAAGAUUGGAAACCCCCUCAGCCGCCAACAUUUUUCGGGAGGAUGGCCCAAGGAUUUCGCUCCUCUGGUUCUUCUACGAAUCUUCAAAUUGAUAUAGUUCGUCCUGUUGAGGCCAAGCAACCAGCUUUGCUUUUCAAGCAACAGCUUACGGCAUAUGUCGAAAUGAUGUUUGGGAUCAUUCGAGAUAAUUUCAAGACAGAGUUGUCAUCUCUACUUUCUGCUUGUAUUCAGGCUCAAAAGACAUCAGAAGAAGCUGAAGCCUCUCCAGGUUGGCAAGACAUCAUCGACAGCCUUAAUUCAUUUCUCAACACACUCAAGGAGAACCAUGUUCCUAAAGUGUUUGUACAAAAGAUCUUUAUGCAGAUUUUUUCGUUUAUCAACGUGCAACUUUUUAACAGUGUACUCCUGCGUCGAGAGUGUUGCACAUUCAGUAAUGGGCAGUAUGUGAAGGCUGGGUUGGACAAAUUGGAAGCAUGGUGUGGGGAAGCAACAGAAGAGUUUACAGGACCAUCAUGGGAUGAACUUAAGCACACAAGGCAAGCUGUUGGUUUCCUGGUUAUAAACCAGAAGUGUAGGAUCACCUAUGAAGAUCUUACAAGUGAUCUCUGCCCACUUUUAAGUGUUGAGCAGCUUUAUAAAAUUUGUACAACGUACUGGGAUGAUGAUUAUAACACUACUAGUGUUUCUCCAGAAGUCAUUUCAAGUAUGAAGGAGUUAAUGCCCGGAGAAAUUGAGGGUGAAAUGGGCAGUGAUAAAGCCAAGAAUGCCAUAUCAUUAGACGAUAAUUCCAGCAUACCCCUUCCCAUUGAUGACCUCUCUGAUUCCACUUCCUCGGAAGAGAGAGAUUUUGCCGGGGUAAAGCCACCACCUCAGUUACUUGAGAAUCCAGAUUUCCAGUUUUUACAGGAUUCGGGCUAAGAUGACAUGGAUCUAUAUGCUGUUGAGCUCAAACUAACCCACAAUGUAUAUUCAUCAUUCAUGUGAAAAGGUUUUCUAUCUCUUGUCCCAUUCUGUCUUCAUUUAGAACAACAUUUAUUGCCCCAAAUGUAAAUUAUGAUUCUUUCAAAUUUCGAAUUAGAUAAAUAGAUUAGGCUUUUUCUCAA